AUGUCAAGUUUAUUUAAACUUUCUAUACAAGGAAUUCGGUCUUUUGACUCAGAAAGACACGAAACAAUCCAAUUUGGAUUUCCAUUGACUUUAAUUUGUGGACAAAAUGGAUGUGGGAAGACGACAAUUAUUGAGUGCUUAAAGUAUGCCACUACUGGUGAUUUGCCUCCUAAUUCUAAAGGUGGAGCCUUCGUUAACGAUCCUUCAAUAGCAUCUCGAAGUUCUGUAACUGCACAAGUGAAAUUGGCGUUUUUGAAUGCUAAUGGUAAAUCCAUGAUUACUACUAGAACUAUGCAGUUAACCAAAAAGAAGACUAGAUCAGGUGUUUCAUCUAAUACUUUUAAAACAUUGGAUGGUCAAUUAGCAGUAAUGGAUAAGGGAACAAAAACAACCAUGAGUACAAAGAACGCUGAAUUAGAUACAUCAAUUCCAAUAUACCUAGGUGCUUCUAGGGCAAUAUUGGACUAUGUCAUAUUUUGUCAUCAGGAUGAUAGCUUAUGGCCUUUAAGUGAAGCAUCAGUUUUAAAGAAGAGGUUUGACGAUAUAUUUGAAGCUCUGAAGUUCACAAAGGUUCUAGAUAAUUUAAAAACGAUAAAGAAAGAUAUGACUACGGAUAUCAAACUAAUAGAACAAAGCGUUUACCAUUUGAAAAUAGAUAAGAAUAGAGCAAAGAAAAUCAAUGAAAAAGUAAGUGAUUUGAAUCAAAAGGUAGAUAAAUAUACAGAUGAAAUAGCUUCCAUAACUAUGGAAAUUGAAGGGAAAGAGAAAGAAGCAGAAUCGUUAUUCUUGUCAAACCAACAGUUUCAUGAGACGUUGUCUAAAAUUGAGCAUUUAACAUUUAUUCAAAAAUCAUAUGGGGAGCAAAUUAACAGGCUUGAUAAGUCAAUCGAUAAAUUACCUGAACUGGAUGAGGAAUUAAAGGAACAAUUAAAUAAUUAUGAAAAUUUGACUAACCAAAAGUCCCUACAGAUUAAGAAGUUAAAUGAUGAAAACAUACAAUUGCAUGAAAAGUUGAAAGAUAGAAGGAAUGAAUUUAACCAAAUAAUACGAUUAGAAGGCUCAUUGAAAUCGAAAGAAGAAUCCUAUAAGGAAAACGUUAUUAAUUUAUCUAAUAUUAUAUUUCAAUCACAAAAAUAUUUUGGCGUAUCAUAUACGGAAGCUGACCUAAAAGAUGAUAUGAAGAUUGACCAAUUCAAGGAAAUUAUAGAAAAAAAGCAAAAAGAUUUGAAAUCAGAUUACAAUGCUUUGGUUAAUAAACAUUCUGAAGAUGAAUUACUCCUUGAACAACGUGUACAGGAAGUAGCCAAUUCAAUCGCAAGAGAAAAACAGCACCAGGAAUACUGUAAUGACGAUGUUGAGCGAGGUAGGGAAAAGAUAAUCGAGUAUAAAAAAAAAAUUGACCAAUUGCAGUACAAUGAAGGUGAUUUAGAAAUAGAAAAGUCUGAAUUGGAAAGCUUAGUGUCAAAGUAUGAGGAGAAAAAGAAGCAGAGUGAUUCCAGUGGUUACGAGUCUAACGUGGAAUUAUAUAAUACUAGACUUAUGAACUUAGAACAUGAAAUGGAAGAACUUAAUAGAAAGGUUUCAGCGAGCAACAAGCAAUCAGAUAUACAUGCCAAGUUAUCUUUAUUGAAUGAAGCUAUCACACAUAAAUCUAAAGGAUUAUCAAAAGUAAUUUCGAAUAAUGAGAAAUUGUUCACCGAGAGAACAACAUCACCGCUUAAGGUUGAAACAUGUGAAGGUAUACUUAACAAGUAUAUAUCCUUGAAUUUAAAAGACAUCGAGAAAAAGCAGGCUGUGGUAAGCACGAAGAGUAAAAAACUAGAUUCUUUGAACGCUGUAUUGGAUUCAAAUAGUGGAACAAGGAAAAAUUAUGAAGAAAGAAUAGCAAAAUAUAAAGAGCGUAUACUCAAGGAGAUUACUGAGGAUGAAAUUGAUCAAUAUGAGCAAAUAUUAGAAGAUUUGGAGGAAGAUGUCCGUGAUACUCUGGAAGCAUUAAACACAUUUGAAGUUAGCCGGCAAUUCAAAAUCAAGUCAAUAGAGAUUGCAAAGAGAGAUGAGCAUUGUACUUUAUGCUUAAGGGCAUUUGAUUCUCCAGGGUUAAAAAACUUUGUUGAUUUAUUACAAGAGGAUGUUAAAAAAAUGAAUGUAGAAGAAUUGACUAAGAAUGUUGAGAUAGCAAAAAAUGAAUUAGAAUCAACCAAAGCAAUAAACUCUGAUGUCCUUCAAUAUAGGAAGCUCUCUCUGGAGGUGGAAGAAAUUAUUUCGCAAAUAAAUAAGUCGAAACAGGAUGUUUGCGAAGCAAAGAGUGAUUUUGAGCUAGAACUUAAUAGCUUAGAAAAAUCAAGAUCUAGCAUGGACGCGUUGAAUUCUUUAAAAACCCCAAUUAACGAUAUUAUUAGAAUUAAUAAUGAUAUUGAAGAUAGUCAUAAACAGAUAGAGGAAUUGAAAGAUGAACUAAGCGAGUAUGGGGUGUCAAAGAUGUCACUUGACGAAUUACAAAAACUUCAGCAAUCUAAGAAUAUGGAAAUUAAAGACUUGAGAAUACAAAUAAAUGAAAUCAAUGAAUUAAAAUUUACCAAACAAAAAGAAAUAGCAAGAUUAGAAAACAACAUUAAAGAUAAGCAGUUGGCAAUAAGUAAUAUGGAAAGAUCGCUCGUUGACCUCAAAAAUCUUCAAGAAUCUAUUUCUGAAAAUGAGAGACACAUUAUGAAUUUGAAUAAGCAACUGACUGAGAUCAAAAAUACAUUGGAUAAAUUUUAUGAAAAGCAAGGUGUGCAUAAUGAUGAAUUAACGAAAGCUAAGGAUAUUAAUAAGGAGAUACGGGAAAAAGAAAUGAGCAAUGUAGAUAAAAUUGGAAGGAUUGUUUCAGAAUUUUGUGGCAUCUACAACGCAAUUAAAUCAUUCUUGCAAAUUGAAUUACCAAAGUUGAAGGAAGUAGAGGCAACAAUCAAGGAAACUGAAGGUUUGACAAAAGCAAUUGAACGUGAAAUACUGGAAUCGGAAUUUCAAAUCAAAAAUCUCGAGAAAUCUGUUAAUGAAUCAUCAAAUUUUAGGAACAAUAUUCGUGAGAACUUGGAAUAUAGAAAUGUUCAGAGAGAAUUGGAGGAUAUUGAUAACCAAAUCCAUAGCCUUGAUAUUUCUAAUGCACAAGCGAAGAAAGAUGAAUAUCAAGAAGCAUCAAAGGUCAUACGAAAUAUAUUAACAAAACUCAAUGCAGAUUAUGCUGGGAAAGUAGGCGAGGUCAGACAGAUGAAGGAUCAAAUAUCAUCACUCCAAAAUGAGUUAAGUAAUGAAUAUAAGAAUAUUGAUAGAACCUAUCAUGAAGAAUGGAUCAAAUUACAGACAAAUAUGCUAGUAUCAAAUGAUAUUCAAACUUAUUCAAAGGCAUUAGAUAAUGCAAUCAUGAAGUAUCAUAGUAUGAAAAUGGAAGAUAUAAAUAGAAUAUUAGGUGAGUUAUGGCGACAAACAUAUAAGGGUACUGAUGUUGAUACAAUAUCUAUAAAAAGUGACGUUAAUGUCCAAGCAAAAGGCAAUAGAUCCUACAAUUAUCGUGUGGUAAUGUAUAAGCAGGAUUCUGAGUUAGAUAUGAGAGGCAGGUGUUCAGCAGGUCAAAAAGUUCUUACAAGUAUUCUUAUAAGAUUGGCAUUGGCCGAAUGUUUUGGGGCGAAUUGUGGUAUCAUUGCUUUAGAUGAACCAACAACAAACUUAGAUCUGGAAAACACCGAAUCAUUGGCUCAAGCCCUAAACAAAAUAAUUGAAUUCAGGAAAAAUCAGAAAAACUUUCAAUUAAUUGUCAUCACCCACGAUGAAAAGUUCUUGAGCCAUAUCAAUGGGGAUAAUUUCACAGACCACUUUUAUAGGGUUCAAAGAGAUGAACAUCAGAAAUCAAUAAUUAGAAGCUUACCUAUAAGCCUCAUUCAAGAGGAUUAA